UGGCGCCAAGGAAUCGGACACUGUACUGUACGAGUACUAGUGCGUCCCACGAAAUACCGCAGACAGGUGAAGCAAGCUACGGUAAGUCACUGGCCAAACCCCCGUGGAGGAUACUACCAUAUAGUUACCACAGGUCUGUAAUAAUUAUUAUACAAACAGGCUGUAUCAACAUGGAUCCCGACCAGAGUGGAUAUCACGUUUUCUUCUUUCCACAUUAUCAAAUUCCCCUCUCUCCCAAGCGAUGCCAUCGGGUAUCUCAUCUACGAAAGUAGCUCAACGCUGCACUUUAUCCCUCCUUUUACACCCUAUCAUACCAGUCCCGUGCUGUACUGUACUAGUACCGCACAUACCGAACAAUGCGCACCCCCCCACCCCCCCAGUGGCACAGCCUGCUGGUAUUCGGCGUGCCGGAAGUGGUCGUGAGAGUGGCUAACUUAGAGACGCUAAGCUCGGUGUGAGCAUCCAGAUCUCGUCGCUGGUGUCGGUGGCAGAGGGUUCCCUUGUUUUACUGCUCUGGCUCUUGUUGCAAGUCACGCAGAAAGAGUCGGUAUUGAGGUAUUGAGGGAGGGAAUCUGGCUCAAGAUAUGAAAAGUUUGGAGGUUGAAAAGACCAAUUUGUUGAGAGAGACGGUAUGUUGUCUGCCAUAUAGCACAUAUACCCAAGUCCAUCCUUCUUAUAGCUGCGGUCAGGUCUGGAUACAUCAAGAUGGCUCGCAUUACCACUCAUAUCAUAAUACUCCAGAUUGGAUAGGAGGGAUCCGGACAUCCCUAUACUUUCCAUCACAUUGAAGUAACAAUUUCGACAGUCCUUGCGACAUGAGUUCAUACGGCUAGCCCUUGGAGAGGGAAUAGAGUAGGAGAUUAUGUCACAAUACAACUUCUAGAUACUUGCGCUAGUGGAAGUAAUAGAUGGCCCCCAAGUGAAGUGGAAGUGGAAGGCUACGCACUGAGGGGCCGCCCGACAAAAAACUUUAAAUC